AUGCGUUUCGCAGCGGCGAUCGUCUUCUCUGUGAUCGUGGCCCUUACGGACGCAAGGCUCGCAGGAACAGAGCUCAAGGCAGAGUCGAAGCAGGGAAAGAGCCUUCUGAGCAAGGCCAGGAAGCUAGAAGAUGGAAAGGGUUGGUACGAUGGCUACGCAAAUGAAGACGUGCAGAGCUACAUGAACAGUAUGCAGCAAUAUAAAAACAACCGAGAUGGAAAUACUGGAUACCAGACCACGUACCAAGGUCCGUAUUACAACGAGAAUGUUGCCAACCAAAACUGGAAUGGCCACUACAAGUACGAUGACAGCGAAGCCAACGGGGAUAGCCAAGACCAACAAAGUGGUAGACGAAAAACCAGCAGCUGGUGGAACUUUCGUAGCUGGUGGAAUAAGGAUGAUGGCAACGAGGAUGAUGUGGACAGCGGGGGCUGGCGCCAAUACAGUCAAAGCAGCGGGCAAAGUGAUCGAAGCAACAACCAAGGCGGCCAAAACAACUAUUACCAGGACAAUAACUACCAAGCUGGUCAAAACAACUACCAAGGUGGUCAAAACUACUAUGAUGGGAAUGGUGAUGAAAACGACUAUGGCUAUGAAGAAUACUUGGAACAGCAGCAGCAGAGCAACGGCGAAGCUGAAGACGAGAGUGACCAGAAAGGAAGUUGGUGGCAGUGGUGGAAAGGUGGUCAAGACGACGAAGACGAAGAUGAAGACAGUGGGCAAGAAGCCCAAAGCAGCAAUGGCCAAGGUGGUCAAGAAGACAACUGGAAUGGAAAUUACAACUGGAAUGGAAACUCGCAAAAUGGUGCAAACUACUACCAAGGCGGAGAAAACAACUACCAAGGCGGCGAAAAUAACUGGGAUGGAAAUGGUGAUGAAAACGACUAUGCGUACGAGCAGCAGCAGUCUGGAGGCCAAUACAACGGAGAAGGCGGAGAUGGGUAUGGAUAUGGAGACUGGGCCGAAAGUUAUACAGAGACUGCUUCGGCAAACGCUUGGAUGCGAGAUUAUAGCAUCAAGUUCGAGGGAUGUGCGAGGGAAUAUGAUACCAAUGACCAAGGCGAAAUGCAAAUGCAGUUGAUGGCCAGGUUCAAGCUUUGCCCCGAUGCGUACGGCGAAAAAUGCCGACACGCGGGAGAGUACGUGGUUCCCAUGGUAGACUAUGUUGAAGCCUUUCAAGGAAUCAUUGUGACCGACAAGAGUUGUGCAGUUCAGCAACAAAAGUGCCUCGCCCAGUGCCGAGAGAAAAAUCGCUAUGGAGAGUCAAACGAAAACUAUGACCGAAAUGGAGCGGGUCGCAGGGGACUACGGUACUAUGGUGGCAAGCUGUACAACAACUAUCAGAAUGGCUUCCAGUACAGUUAUGUAAACGGGUACCAAAAUGGUUACCAGGACGCUCAAUACUAUCUGAUGUACGGUGAAUAUGCGAACAACCCUCAGAACGGGCAGUAUCGCUACGACUACUACAAUGUCGAAGGUCAAGAUCGGUACUACCAAUAUGAACAAGACAGCCGGGACCAAUACGACGAAGAAUGGAGGGACAGCAACUAUUACGAUGAAGAAUACUGCGUUUACGACUGCAUGUCUGAUGCCGACAUGGCUUCUUGCGAGGACCAUGACGCAGAAAACGACGUUUACAACGACUACAACGAUAUCAACAUUCUACAAAUGGUUCCGUGCCACAAAAUGGGGUACAGCCAAGAAUCUUCUGCAUCGCUCUAUAUGGGAGCAACUUGCACAGAUGACGGAGUCUUCCUUGGAGCGUUCCUUGAUGAGACGUGCUCUUUCCCUGCACCUAAAGAGAGCUUUGAGAAAGCAAUGGGCUUCGCCCUUCCAGAACAAAGCUUGGUGACCAAGGAGAUCGUCUCGUGCAACUCUUACAGGAGCGGCAACUAUGCAUACUAUGAUCAAGUUGACGAAGAAGAAGACGACGACGACGACAACAACAGUGCGGAGAGUGAGGAGGAAUACGAUUACAAUCCAGAAUACGCAGGGUACAGAGAAACCAUGAAUGUCUGUGAAGAUCUCUACCGCUAUGCUGGGAAGUGCGAGCGCGGAAUGGAAAAGGACGAUAUUGACAUGGAGGACUGUGCCUACAUCAAAACUUUGAAGCCUCAAGUGAACAUUGCGGCCCUGGCCUUGCGAAUUGCGGCAGUUGUCGUGUUCGGCCUUCCUUUGCUCUUGUUUAUCUACUACCUCUGCAUCAAAGCUCGUCGCAAGUUAAAGGUUUGGCGUGCCAACAACCCUGACGUAGAAGAUUCUUUCGUUGCGUCCAUGAUUCAACGAAAGGACGCUUUUGUUGCGUCGGUGACGCGACGAGUGACGGGAGAGCCUACCAAGGAACAAAACUCACCCGGUGCACGAGAUGGCAGCGUCACAAGCGGCAGCGUCACAAGCGGUAGCGGCAGCGUCACCAGCGCGUAUUCGGGAAACUCCACUGGAUAUGAAGGUGCCAAGAUGCCCGUGGAUGGAACGGCUCCUUCGAGUUGGAGAGCACCAUCGAGCUGGAGAUCAAGACAGCCUUCACUGGGUUUCCAUGGGGCCAGGGCUGCUCUACGCGAUGCCGGUCGAGCACUGGCGGGCGAAAAUAGGAGGCCUGCCUCGAGUUUCGAAGGGGCCAAGUCUGCAUUACGCGAUGCCAGUCGGGCUCUAGCUGACGCCAAGAGGGCUGUUUUGGGCCAUCAGCGAUCGCCUCCCCCUUCUCCUUCGGCGUUUAGUCCCAUACUCACCGGUGGAGCUCCGAGUUCUCCAGUGUCUCCGUUAUCUCCACCUGUUUCCAUUAGGGGCUCUCCAGGUGGGGAUCCAGGUACACCAGGUUCGGCUCCAAGAACGCCAGUUGCGGCUCCAAGAACAUCAGGUGGGGCACCACGGACCCCACGUUCGGCUCCACGAACCCCACGUUCGGCUCCUACACCCCCCAUUGCUGCUCGUUCUCCAGCAACGUCUGCUGCCCACUCUCCAGCAAAGCCUCCUCGCUCUCCAAAGCGCUCUCCUCCUACUCCUCCUUUUACAAAGCCGACUGCAGCUUCUUCUAGCGCUAAAUCUUCUGGAGAUCCUCCUGCAUCCUCAACAAGAAGAACAAAGACUGGCGAUGUAUAA